UGACUUUAUUUUGGAACCUUUGCUCCUGGACAGUAAAAGUUAGAAAUAAAAGGCACUGGCACAAUGCACAACGCAGCAUUAUCUGGCUGACUUUAACGUUAGUGAGAGUCAAACAAGAUUAUUGGAAUUAUGAGAGAAGAAACUGACAAGGCUGUGAAUCAGCAGGUGAUCAGUGUCUGGGUGCGGGACCCACGGAUACGAAAGAAUGACUUUUGGCAUGCCUACAUAGACUACGAAAUUUGUUUGCAUACCACCAGCGUGUGCUUCACCAAGAAGAUCUCAAGUGUGAGAAGGAGGUACAGUGAGUUUGUAUGGCUCAGACAGAAGCUACAAGCAAAUUCACUGCUAUUGGUACAGCUGCCAGAGCUGCCCCCAAAGAACCCCUUCUUCAGCCUGAACAACGCCCAGCAGAUCACUGAGCGGAUGAAAGGGCUCCAGAAGUUUUUGGAACAAACCCUGCAGAGCCCUCUGCUGCUGUCCGACAGUUGCCUUCAUCUUUUCCUGCAGUCACAGCUCAGCAUAUCCAAGAUGGAGGCCUGUGCUGCUGGGAGGACCCACUACUCUGUGGCCCAGGCGGUCCAGCGCUGUGGCCUUAGGCGAUUCCACUCUGAGGAGGAUCUACAGAAGGACCUCAGCAUGUCCUGUGACUCUGACUCAGACAGUUGUCACAGAUGGAAAUGAGCUGACUUCAGGGCUAUCCAUCAUUCAUCAAACCCAGCAUCCCCAGUACCUUUCCUUUGGUUCUGCACGGUUUAUACCUGCUAUUUCCCCUCCACAUGCUGUCGCCUGUUGGUGCACGGAUGUAGCAAUUACUGGAGACGGGCGUGAUCACUGUACCAAGGCGAGCAACAGCUUCUCGUCUCCUGGAAUCAGGGCUGAUCAGCGUGAAACCGAGCUCCUCUGCCUCCAACACAUGGGCCUGAGGGGGAAAAGGGAAAUUGAGAUCACCGCUUUAUAAUUUCCUGAAAUAAUAUGGUGUAAAAUCAGACAUGUUUCCCUUGAAGCGUAUAAACAGAUGGAGAAGGAAGGUCAUCGUGUUAAGAUAACAUAUCUGCACUUACUGUAUAUAUUCACACAUAUUCUUUACUAGAACACAUAUCUUCGUAUACUGUACACGCAGGAUCCUAUAAGGUUAUAAAUGAGCUCAUACAAGAGUGCAAGAACUUUGGAAUAAAAUGUGAGUCUUGUAA